CUCUCAAACUGUGAACUCACCUUAUAUUCUCCUCUCUCCAAUAUCCACAAGGUCUUCAUGUUCGUUUUCAAGCCUCACAACUUUAAGAACAAGAGUGCAGCAAUAUGGGUCGCAAUCCUAAAGUGUGUACCUCUUGUAUUCACAACUGUCGAAUGUUUCAUCGCCCUCUCCCACCAACCACAACCUCACCUUCCUCUUUCUACAAGUUCAUGCUUCGUCGAAGCGAUCUCAAACUUCUGUAUCUUCCUCCUAAGCUAAAACGCACUAUGUCUGGUUUGGUUGGUAAGAGCUUCAAUCUUGAGGAUUCAACUGGUAGUAGAUGGGAUGUAACAUUAUCAAAUGUUGAUGAUUCUUUAGCUUUUAAGGAAGGAUGGGAUGUUUUCUCACUGGAUCACAAGCUUGAAGUAGGAGAUUUAGUGGUAUUCAGUAGCAUUGACAAACUGAAGUUCGGUGUCAAGAUCUAUGAUGAAUCUGUGUGUGAAAGGGUUGAUUUUUCUAAAACAAGAAUUAGGAAAAAGAGAGAUAGAAAUGGAGAGUUUGUUAGACAAGAUCCAAAUGCUUCACUUGUUGACUUGCAAACUGAUGUGCCAAUGCAAAACCAGCAUAUGGAGAUUGAUUUAGGAGGAACACAAAAUAAUAUUGGAGACACAUGUUUCAUAACAAGCAAUGCAUAUCAAAAUGAUGCAUCCUUUUUAAACAAAGAUCCUAUGGUUGAAGAAGUGCUGGGUACAGGAGAUGCCUCAUAUGCAUCUAAACUUGAGUUGCAUGGAAGGAACAAUUGUCCAAUGGAGCACAAAUAUCCUGAUUUCGUACUAGUAGAAAAUAACGAGCACAGGUCGAUUAGGUCCAAUGGAGAAGUUCAAGAGGGCGAGGGCCAGUUCGCCGCGGGAUUAGGGAGUGAUCAUGCGGCGAUUUCCAGAGGAAAACAUGCCUUGCAUGCAUUCGAACUUGAAACUUCUGGAAGAAACAAUUCUCUUGGUGAAUCAGACAAAAAUGCAUAUGAAAAGACUUCAAUUUUGAAACAUGAAGAAUACAAGAAGGGAAAGUCCCUUCUGUCCGAAAAGGAAAUUCCAGAGUGCAGUUUUGCUGAAGGUUUAGGUCAGAGGAAGAAACUGUGUAUGAACAUAACCCCCAAAAGGCUGCGUGGUUUUAAUGAUAAAUUGUGCGGAACAGAGCUGCCAAAGGUUAUUAAGGGAAAGCUUAAUCAAAAUAAUGAAGGUCACUUUGAAACUGCCGCCACUGUCUCCUGUGAGAAUUCCAAAGAGAGGUUCAAUAAAAUAUCUAAUCUCUUAGAUGAUUGUAUUUACUUAGGUGGGACAAAGGAACUGCCGGUGGAAACGACGCCCAAAUUAUGCAGUGUCAACGAUAAAAUAAAUGUGACAGGGAUGACAGAGGUUAUUAAGAGAGAGUUGAAUGAAGAUGAAACUUCUGCAACUGUCACUGAUAAAGAUCAUCUUGAAUUGUCAGAACCCUUGCCGUUAUCUCGUGUUGGAUUAGGAUCAAAGACGACGAUGGUGGUGAUUCUUAAAGAUCCAUUGACGAGAAAGUGGCCGGUCCUUUGCACUGAAAAAACUUGUUUGAGAAGUGGAUGGUCAGAUUUUCAAAGAGCAAAUAAUAUUAAAACCGGUGACGUGUGUGUUUUUAAGGUCGAAAAUAAGUAUGAACACAUCGUCGCUGUACAUACAGACCACAAGUGAUGUUAGUAUAGGCAUUCACCACAAUGUUUAGUUGUUCUUUUGCUUCCUCUUUGCCCUGUGUACUA